AUGGGUGUUGACCCUCUUUCCCCCAUCGCGCCUGCGCGCCUAAGGGCUCUGGUCCUCCCGGUUGGUAAAAUUAGGCGAUCCCGAUUUCUGAGUUUCACUGCAAGACUCCAAGCCGAAAAUGUUGUCCGCCUUGGAGACAUCAGUCCCGAUGCGCGACCCAAUCGAAACAUGUUCUCCCCGCUCGCGUUUCCGACAGGCAUGAUUCUCUAUGACCUCUCGUUUUCUAUGCCUCCCAUAUCGCAUCUGGAACUGUAUCCCUUUGAGAUCUUCAGGGAGCCACUCGUGAUUCUCGCUGUAGCCGAUGGGGCAGAACUCCAUGGUGGUUUGAAUCAGAAUGGCUCGAAUACUGGCCCGGCGCCCACCCCCGACGGUCUCGAGCAGCUUGUGCAAGAACUUGGUUUGCUGCAGGAAAAGAAUCCAAGGGCGCUUGUUCAUCAACUCUUGAUAUUCGAUUACAAUGGAGUCAGCAAAAUCUCCAAUGGGCCGAAUAAUGUGCUCUGGAUUCCUCCCCCGCAAGCUUCCAAGGCCACAACUAUGAAGACCGUGCUGUGUGAUAUUACGUCCCUUGUGCUGUCGGAGAUGGAUGAAUUCGCGAGAAUGAUUCAGAGUAUACCGUCGAUUGAAUCCCCAAAAGCCUCGUCCUGGGGUCCCCACCGCGGCCCAGAUCUACGCCGGCGCCCGACAGACAAAUUGUUUCACAGGAUGACAAUGCCUGCACAAUUCCCCACCAACCCGAAUGGCACCCCAGAAACGCCUCAGGGCUCUAGCAAGAGCUCGCCGGCGCCAGAAGACCAUGAAACACCCACAACAUUCGACGAAAUCACGCGAUCCAUACAGCUAGCCAAUCGCUCCAGCACAACACUCGGCAAACCCAAUUCCGUACCAUCCUCUAAAGAACAUAGCCGUGAUCGUAUGUCUGUGAGCGGCCUCAGUGCCACAGAUAGAACGAAGAACCGGAUCAAGGGUCGCUCGGGGGUCGUAAUAGGAACCCUCUUUCUUCAGGCUGGAAGAUGGCCGGAUGCUCUGAAGGAGCUUGUUGAAGCGGCAUCCAACGCAAGGGCAAGCAGCGACUACGUGUGGCAUGCCAAAGCCCUCGAAUCCAUUCUCCUUUGCCUCUUGAUGUUUGCUUGGGCAGGCAUGGAUUUUCAGAUUCCCCCGAUAUGCUAUCCCGUCGCUGAUAAAUCCUCCAAGACAUCAUCGGCAACCACUUUUGACCCUACUUCUGGUCAAUUUUCUGCUGGGAACCGAAUCAUAUCACUGCAAAACCUGUCGAAUCUUUUGCCAGAUCUAGCAAACAACAUUGUGAACCUCUAUAAUCGCGCAGCUAAUAUCACCGACGAACCACCUCCUCAGCUUGUCUUUUCUGAGACCGUCAUUCGUCUAUCAAGAUUAUUAGUGGCUACACGCCUCCGAGACGGUGCACUGGACGACAAUGCAUUGAAGCACAUUGUCGUCAAUGAGCCCUUACAGCUAUUGGUCCGCCCAGAGCGGCCUCGGGGUUUGACAAUCCUUCGCAAAAAUGAAAUCGCGAACUUCCUCUUUCGUGCGUUGCCGCUCGCUGCUGGUUCAGACUUGCCUGCUACGGACGCGAUACCCAUUCUGAUCGGUGUUGUGUCCGUCCUGAAUACUUUGGACUUGCCACGGAAAAAGGCUUUUGUAUUGCGAGAGCUUUUAUCUAUAACUGUUCCAGCACUAGUGCAAGCUCGCAAAUUAGGUGCUGCUGAAGUUGGGAUUCACCCCGCUGCAGGCUUAUCAUCGCUGAGUGAUACGGCGUUUGAUAUUAACGCUCUUGAUGUGGGCCCUGGGAACAUGGAGCAGAGUAUGCGCUCACUCCUCGCUACGAUAGGAGAGGUAUACGGCGUCCAGUCUUCUGGAACUGCGAGGGAAAGCGUCUCGUCCGGUUACGAUUCCGUAGCAGAGAUUGUUGAUCGCUCGUUCCGCCAUGUCGUCCUAGAUCGCUACGGUGACUUGAACCUCAAGAUUGACGUUCUCAAGAUGUGUAUCAAUUCAUGUGAAGCGCUCCCGGAUUUUGGCGGUGUCCUACGGUUCACUGUCGAGCUUCUUCAGACGAUUCGCGGGGAUCUGAUGCUCUCUAGGUCAUCGUAUACGGCACCUUGUUUACAGCCGGAUGAACAAAAUCGUCUUUUGAACAAUAUUAAGCGGACUGUUGGUGCUGCCAAUCGGCUUGGUGUAUCGGGCUUGGAAGCGGAAUACUGGGAUGAUUUUUUGAUUCGUGGCGUCGAGCUGUUAUCUUUGCCCGACCCUAGAAGACCUGUUCGUCGGUCCAAGUCGGAACUCGACGCUGUCGCAACAACCAGCGAGAAGUCCACCAAAGAUCCGUUCUUGUACAAUCCCUUUUCCAAGAGGACUACUGGCAAAGCAGCGGAGCUUCUCAUGGUUGCUGGUGAGCAUGCGGCCUUUCAAAUCACGCUACAGAAUCCUUUUGAAUUUGAAGUGGAGAUUGAACGUCUUCGUCUCGAAAGCGAAGGUGUACCCCUUGACGCUGUGACCGAAUGGGUACUCCUUCCGCCGCUUUGCCUCCAGGACAUCACAGUGUAUGGAAUCGCAAAAGAGGAGGGUUCCCUGAAGAUCACAGGUUGCUCCGUCAAGGUCCGGCACUGCAGGGAACGCAGUUUUCCAAUCUUUAGAGAUUUCUGGAAACCUGAUAUAGACGUGAAAGUCAAACGAACCGGUUUGGCGGCCAAGAAGCCUUUAACCGACCGUCCCUUGUCCUGGAGCUCCACCACCUCCAAAGAUGGGAAACCCGUUCCGAAGAAGGGGCCUGAAACAUCCUCUUGCGAAGUCAAGGUCAUUCGGCAGCAGCCAUCCCUUAUCAUAGAGUCACUGUCCCUCUCCCAGUCCGCAAUCAUGGUCCUUGAGGGCGAGAGGGCAUCUUUCAACAUUACUUUACGCAAUGUGUCGUCAUGCGACCUUGAUUUCAUAAACUUCAGUUUUCAGGACUCGACAACGAAACAAAUACAGUCCGCCCUGAGUAACAAGGAUCUUUUGCCAGUGGAAGUGUACGAGUUAGCAUUGAAACUCACAAGACCCGCCCUGCGAUGGCGCAGGGAGGAGGAGGAGGAGGAGGAGGAGGAGGGCUUGGAUCCAGGCAACUAUUCUAUCCCAGCCGGACAAAGCUCCACUUUUACGAUUGAUGUCAAUGGCAACCCCGGAUUGCAGGAAGCAACUGUACAGAUUGAUUACGCCAGCAUCGGGGUCGCCUAUGGUGGCUUACCUGACGUCCUAUACACCAGACAACUGUUUAUUCCACUGACCGCCACAGUGAACGCUAGUGUGGAAGUCGCCCGUUGCGACAUAUUACCUUUUAGCAGCGACUUUGCAUGGUGGAAUAAACGCACUGCGACGCAAGCCUUUGAAAGGCAACUCUCUGAAUCUUCAGGUUCCACUAGCAGUGAUUAUUUCUCUACAGUGCUUUCCAACCUGGCCCAAGGGACUUAUGGUUCUGACCAUUGCAUUCUUCUCCUUGAUCUUCGAAACGCGUGGCCCAAUCCAUUGUCCCUGGCCUUGAGCGUCUCUGAUGCACCAACCACCAAGGACGACUUGAUUAGCAAUGCCGAGAGCGGCCAAUAUGUCGUGCGCGAGACACUUCAACCAGGCCAAAUAUCGCGUUUUGUUCUCGUUCUACCCCGCGUUUACGUCCAAAACCCGCAUGCUGCAGUACCUUUUCUAAGCACGGGGUCCAAACGACAAUUUGUUGUCAGUGCACAUAAAGUUACCUUUGACGGCGAAGCGGCGACACGGGAGGCAUUCUGGUAUCGCGAAGAGCUUCUCAAGAGAGUCCGGGGCACUUGGAAGGAGGCUUUGGGUGGGCGAGAGGGGACGAUUGACCUGAGGAACGUGCGCUUCAAUGCGCGCAUGGUGGACGCAUUUCGCCUCGAGGACGUGGAGACUACCUUCUCCUUGAAACCAUCCUUUUCCGGCAACGAUGAAACCGAAGAUUCGGAUAUGGUCGCACAGACUGGCAAAUCCAAGUAUAAGGUGCCAACUGAUGAAAUGCUCGAUCUAACCGUCACCGUCCACAACCGCUCCUCCAGACCCAUCCAUCCCCUCUUACGACUCCAGCCCAGCCUCCGCAAUCAGCCGAGUAACGUCGCACUUGACCUCCCGCGGCGCCUUGCCUGGACAGGCAUGCUACAGCAGGUACUACCCGUGGUACACAGCGGCGAAAGCAAGAGCGCCACUGUUGGGGUUACCAUCCUCUGUCGGGGCGAGUACGAAUUGGGCGCCACGGUUGAGGAAUUGCGGCUCGCCCGCCCAGCGCCCGAAAGCGAGGGGAACAACAGCAGCAAGAGCCCCGAUUACCCAUCCGCAGACGAUGGCUUCAUCAGUGACACCUUUGGAGCCGACAUGGCCAAAAAACGACGCAUCUGGCAUGCUAGAGAUACAUGUGUUAUGACUGCUCACGAUUAA